AUGCAUCUGAUUCCCAGAGAGCUGGAAAGGCUCGCCAGCCUCUACCCACUUGGAAAUCUGGCUCAGCGCCGUCUUUCACGUGGAGUGCGGCUUAACCAUCCGGAAGCUGUGCUUAUCCGCGACGGUCACUAUGCGGUAGCGGACCUGAUGUCCAUUGGGAGGAAGAUCCUCGGCCGCCGUCACGUCCUUCCAUCCACUUGGUUUACUGCCCGUCAGAUCCAGGUGGAAGGAACGUUUCCGACAGGCACUUAUCUGGUGACCGUAGUCGAUCCUAUCGCCACGGAAGGCGGAAACAUUGAGCUAGCGCUGUAUGGCACUGGCCUCACCGCGCCCCCCGACAGCCUUUUCCCUGAGGUCAGAUUUAGUGACUUCGCACCCGAGAAGGCACCGGGAUACAUUUGGUGUAAGGUUUCCGAUUGUCCUAAUGAUCCGGAUAAGACCGAUAUUCUCUUGAAUGAAAAAAGAGACAGACGUCGUCUAAAAGUCAUAAACAAGGGGAGCCGGCCAAUUCAGGUUGGAUCCCACUAUCACUUUAUCGAGACAAAUAGAAAACUUUGUUUCAACCGGAAGGAAGCGAACGGAUAUCGACUGGAUACCCCAUCUGGGAGUUCCAUUCGAUUCGAGCCGGGGCAAUGCCGAAUGGUGGACCUGGUGCAGAUUGCCGGCCGCAAGCGAAUUGCCGGUGGUAACGGCGUUGCGAAGUACUUACACGAGAACCAUCGCAUUCCCGACGGAUUUGAAAAUGAUGGUCCCGCAGCUGAGAAGGGAAGAGAAGAUCGUCGUAUGCAACGCCACGAGUACGUAAAAAUGUUCGGACCUACCAAAGGCGACGUUGUACGGCUAGGCUCGACCGAUCUCUACGUCAUGGUAGAGGAAGAUUGUCGAGACCGUACCGGGCAUUGCGGUGAAGACUGCCCAGAUGGUAACGGGGAUUGUGAUCAAGUGUGUCGAGUUGCUGGGAAAUGCCCGAAAUGCCGUACAUACUACGGCGAUGAGUGCAACUUUGGUGGCGGCAAGUCCGUUCGUGACGGCAUGGCCCAGACCUCAUAUGGUUCAUCCAAAGAGCAUAGUGAUUCUCAAAAUAGGCAUGAGAAUUCAGAUCCGCCCCAUUAUGUCUGCGUCGACACGGUGAUCACCAACGCCUUGAUCAUCGAUUACACUGGCAUCAUAAAGGCAGACAUCGGGAUCAAGAACGGUCAUAUAACAGCCAUUGGGCGUGCCGGAAAUCCCGACAUCAUGGAUGAUGUGGACAUCGUCAUAGGUGCCAAUACCGACGUGAUCGGGGCUGAAAACAAGAUUGUCACAGCCGGUGGGAUUGACACACACGUCCACAUUCUGGACCCAGCCCAGGUUCCCGAAGCACUUUGCAACGGGUUGACGACGCUUGUCGGCGGCGGCACGGGCCCCUCGACGGCCUCGAAUGCCACGACUUGCACGUCAGGCCCCGAGAAUAUCAAACGCAUGCUCCAGGCGUUUGAUCACCUGCCCAUCAAUGUUGGUAUCACUGGAAAGGGUAACAACAGCGACCCAGAGGGUCUGAAUGAGCAAGUCGAGGCGGGUGCGAUCGGCUUGAAGCUCCACGAAGACUGGGGCGCCACCCAUGUGGCCAUCGACACAUGUCUCGAAGUGUGCGAGAAGUACGAUGUUCAAUCCACCCUCCAUACCGAUACGAUGAAUGAAGGUGGCUAUGUGCAAGACACGAUCAACAGUAUCGAUAACCGUACCAUCCAUUCGUAUCACACCGAAGGCGCCGGCGGUGGGCAUGCCCCCGACAUUAUCGCAGUCGUGGCGACGGAGAACAUCCUUCCGGCGAGCACGAACCCUACCCGCCCGUACACGUUCAAUACGGUGGACGAGCAUCUGGACAUGGUAAUGGUUGCGCAUCACCUGUCCAAAGAAAUUCCGGCCGACGUCGCCUUUGCCGAGAGCCGCAUCCGUGCGGAAACAAUUGCCGCCGAAGACCAACUUCUUGAUAAUGGCUCUAUCAGUAUCAUGUCUUCGGACACCCAGGCCAUGGGCCGUGUCGGUGAGGUGGUUCUGCGAAGCUGGACCAGCGCCCAUAAGAUGGCCGUCCUUGAUCAUGCACCCCCCAAAACCCAAAAGCGCGUCGGCAGCAAGGACCAAUUGUACGACCACAUUAAUCAAUUCUGCGAUGCUGAUAAUCCAUUAUGCCAUGAUCGGAAAUACCAGACUGAACUCCCGGACGAUGCUCCAACUAUCAACAACUUCCGCGUCAAGAGGUAUAUCAGCAAGUACACCAUUAACCCGGCCAUCGCUCACGGCAUGUCGCAUCUCAUCGGAAGCGUCGAGAAGGACAAAUUUGCCGACCUGGUGAUUUGGCAGCCAAGCAACUUUGGCACCAAGCCUGACAUGGUGUUGAAGGGUGGCAUGAUAGCAGUCGCUUUGGGUGGUGACCCCAAUGGCUCGAUCCCGACAAUCGAACCGAGGAUAAUGCGACCCCGGUUUGCAACCUUUGUUCCUCAAACAUCCAUUACAUUUGUUUCCCAGGCAUCUGUCGCCGAAAGCACCCCUAACAAAGACUUGGAUGAGAUAAUCGAGGUGCCUGAGGACCCCACCAAGCCUUUUGACGUUCCAGAAAACUCAAAGAUCGGCGGUUACAACCUCAAAAAACGCGUUGAGCCCGUUAAAGGCUGCCGGAGAGUGAAGAAGGAGGGCAUGAUAUUUAAUGGAGAAAGGCCAGAGAUAGAUGUAGAUCCGGAAACCUUUGUCGUGAAAGCGGGUGGUCAUGUGUGUGACGUGCCGCCGGCAACCUCUGUAUCGUUGGCCCAGGACUAUUUCAUCUGCUAA